AACUUAAAGGCACUGGGAGGGAAGGGGCGGAGCUAUGCAGAGCUCGCGCGCCGCCUGUCGUCCCCCUUGGCCACUGCAGGCGCCUCUUUCUACCCCUCCCCCGCUAUGUUGGGGCAAAGCAUGAUGGGAAAUGAGCCCUGACGACUGUGUUCUCCGGAUGCCCUGGGGGCGGGGACUAAUGCAGCCAAUGGGUCGGGAGUGAGGGGCACAGGCAGGGUUGCUGCGGGGCAAGAGUGAGGGGCACCAACAGGGCUGGGCUCGGUGGAAACGUGUUACCUUUCACCCUGCUCCACCCCAGAGCCAUCUGCUUUCCCACCCCCAGCCUUCCAGGUUCCAAGAAGCCUGACACUCCCCUCCCCACCCCGACUCCGGCUGCCAGAGCCUAGUGAGUGCCUUCCGCCCACACGUCCGGAUCGGGCCCCGGUCCCACCCCAGAGGUGGCUGCAGGACCCGCUCCCGGUCCCUGUCCAGCCCCGGCCUUCUUGGGAAGUUCCCCAAGGGACCUCUAGCUAUUCCUGGGAAGCUGAGGUUGCCACGGUCACCCAGGACCUGCGUUUAAGAGCCUCUUCCUGGCUCUGCUUCUGCUCUCCUAUCCGAGCCGACCCACCAAGGCAGCUGUGCCUGCCCCGCACCAUCAUGGUACCCGGUCUGAGGCUACUCCUUCUAGCCUGCCUGACAGCUCUGUGUGGUGCCCAACGUGAUGGGACCUGCUCCGUGACCGGGAACAGCCACUACCUCACCUUCGAUGGGCACCGAUUCACCUUCCAGGGCAGCUGCUGGUACCAGCUGGCCGGCGCCUGCGGGGGAGUCAGACCCGGCCUGGCUGACUUCCGUGUCCUGAUCCGGGGAGAUCCCAAUGCCUAUUAUGAUGGCAGCUUUAUCUGGGCUGUGGAAGUCCAACUGGGUGGCCUUGAUGUGCUCAUGACCAAGGAGAGCCCCCGGGAGGUCAUGGUGAAUGGUGCACUCAGCACCCUGCCCUUCAUCUCCAAGGAUGGGAGCAUGUCUGUGUCUCGCCAAGGCCUGAACGGCAUCAUCCAGACCCCCUCUGGCCUCACCAUCACCUUUGACUGGAGUAGCUGGGUGGCUGUCACGGCACCUGCUGCCUAUGCAGGUACCCUGUGUGGCCUCUGUGGGAACUUCAAUGGGGACCCGGGUGAUGACCUGAGCUGCCGAGAUGGCACGGCGGCCUCUGACCCUUUGACUUUCGGGGAGAGCUGGAAGGAGAAGGAAGUGGAGGAGUGCAGUGAGUUCGAGAAUGAGGAAUGCUCGGAUCACAACCUGGAGCGGAAGCAGAAGGGAGACAAGGAGGGCUGUGGGAUUCUCGUGGACGAGGGAGGUCCUUUUCAGGCGUGUCACAGCCACAUCGACCCCAAGGGCUACUUCCAGGACUGUGUCUUGGACUAUUGCCUCUACCGGGACCAGGAACAGACCUGUUCCAUUGUGGCCAGCUACGCCAUGGCCUGUCAGGUAGCUGGGGUCACUCUUCAGAGCUGGAGGACGUCCAACCACUGCCUCCUCCCCUGCCCGCUCCACAGCCACUAUGAGCUCUGCGCCAGGACCUGCGAGGCCCCGUGCCCUGGCCUGGGUACCCCGGUCGGCUGCAGCACCACAUGCCAAGAAGGCUGCUACUGCGACUCCGGCUACGCAGCCAACGGGGCAGACUGUGUGCCCCGGGAGGCCUGCAGCUGCUUCUACGGCGGACGUCGCCUCGAGGCUGGGGAGACUGUCGUGGCUGCUGACUGCUCGGAGACCUGCACCUGCAGUAGCACCAGGGGGCUGGCAUGUGAGGCCUGGGGCUGCCCCCCAGGGCAGAUCUGUGUUCACCAGGCUGGGGCUCCCACCUGCAUCAGUGAAGAUGGGCAGUGCCGACUGGCACCAGGCACCCAAUUUACCUCCUUUGACGGUGCCGUUGGCCCUGCGCCAUCCAGGGGUGCCUACGUCAUGGCCUCCCUGUGCAACACCAGCACCCCCUCCUGGUUCCGAGUGGUGGUGCAUGCACGGGGGCCCGAAGCACCCACCUGGGCACCUGGGGUGGUUGUCCAUGGGUUUUUUGGAGACUCUGUCAUCACCCUGAGGAGGGACAACAAGGCCUGGGUGAAUGGGCGCCUGGCCCCACUCCCAGCGCAGGUCUCGGACGCUGUGUCCGUGAGCGAAUCCAAGGGCAAAGUCACCAUCACCCAGAACUCGGGGGUGCGGGUCCAGCUCAGCUCCAACGGGGAUGUGACAGUGACAGUAGCCAGGGGCCUGGCCAGCCAGCUGUGUGCAGCCUGCGGGGACUUUGACGGCGAUGCCUCAGAUGAUCUGCAGCUGCCUGGAGGGAGAAUUGCGGGGACCAUCACUGAGGUCAUCCAGGCCUGGAGGGCUCCGGAUUUUUCUGCAUGCAUGGCAUAAAUCCCAGCAUGUCCAAUCCCCCUGUUCCCUGCCCCCAGCACCAGGGACGGGCAGCUGCCAGCCCCCACCUCUCGUGAGUGCUCCGUCUCUUCUGGCAGUGAUGGCUCCAGGGACUACGAUAACAGCCUGGAUGUAUUUGAGGGUCCUUGAACUCUAACAGACCCCCCCCCAGUCUCUGGCUGUUCCAGCCCUGAUGACUCUGGGGGUUAUUUUACCCAGAGAAGCCAUGAAAUUGCCUCUGGUUUAUUGUGAUAGUGGCAAUCAGGAUAAAACAGCUCUGUCUGAUGGAUCUGGUUAUAUCCAGGCCCAAAGUCUGUCCUCAUAGGCCAGGCAAGACCCCACCCCACCAGGGUGGCUUCAGGGGGAGUGCAGGGGAAGUCACCCCCCUUCCCCCAGCUUCCUGCCCCCCAACAGAGCCUGCAGGAACUAUCCUAAAGUCCCUGAAGCAGGUAAGAGUCCCCUUAUACAGGCCAGGUUCUGUAUCCCUAUCCAUGUCUCUUAAGAGAGUGAUCACCUGGCCAAUGAGGGAGGGAGCAGGGAAACUGAGUCACAGUGCAUGGUCUCACUGGACUUCUGCGGCUCAUUGCUGUCUCUGUUAAUGAGCUGUGUCCCAUGCUGAAGGGAUGUCUGGCUGGGUGGGGGCUUUGCUGAUGCACUCAACAUUAAACCUUUUCCCAAAAUUAAGGGCUGGAAGGAAACUCCCUCCUCUCCCUAGAUCUGUUUCUGGGGUUAGGUCAGGGCUGGCAGAAGAUUCUCUUGGUUAGGAUGGGCUGCCAGCUGUUCCAGUGCUGGUAGCUGGCUUUAUUUCUGUAGUUACAGUAAUCUCAAAUGUCCUAGCAGUAUCAAGUGGGGAGGAUAAGUGUUUUUAUUUCUGUACUUAAGGUAAAACUCAUGCAUGUCUGUGCUAGUGCUUCACCUUUAUCUGGUGGGAAAAAUAAGCACCUUUAUUUUUGUAUUAUGGUAAUCCCAUGCAUCUCUGUAGUCAUGCCCCACCUUUAUCGAAUGGGAAGAUUAAAAAAUUUUUAUUCCUGUCAUUAUGGUAAAUUCACAUAUUAAUAACCCAUCUUUAUCUGAUGGAAGGAAUAAAGUGCUUUUAUCCCUUUAGUCAUGGUAAAGCUGAUGUAUCUCGGUAUUAAAGUCCUACCUUUAUCUAGGGGGAAGGAUAAGCAGCUUUAUUCCUGUGUUUAUGGUAAUUUCAUGCUUCUCUAUAUUCACAUACCACCUUUGAGUGGGAAUAUUGAAGCAUUUUUAUUCCUGUAGUUAUGGUAAAGUCACACGUCUCUGUAUUAAUGCCACACUUGCAUUGAAUGGGGAGAAUAAAGCACUCUUAUUCCUGUACAUACGGUAAACAUGCAUCAGCAUAUUAAUGUGCAGCCUUUAUCAAGUGGAAAGGAAGUGCUUUUAUUCCUAUACUUACGAUAAACUCAUGCAUCUCUGUAUUCAUAUGCCACCUUUAUUGAGUAAAAAAAAUAAAGUACCUUUAUUCCUGUA